CGGUGCCGCUUAAGUGGGGCUACAUCUCGCUGUCCGGUAUGGACGGCGCGAUGGCAACCUCGGACUUCCUGCCAACGGAGGAGGACAAGAAGACGUCUGCCAAAGAAGGUGCAGGCGGUGACACGGGGGGCAGCGGAGACGACAGCUCGCUGAAGAACAAACUCAACGCAGCCUUGGCCGACUCCAUGGAGUCGAGGAAGGCGACCCAGGAGCAGCUUAACGAAGCCCUCAUGCUCUCCCGGGAGUCCCGGAAGAUGGUGGAGACCAGGUGGGCGCAGUACACGGGCCGCAUCCGUUCCUUCAGCACGCAGAAGGGCUUUGGCUUCAUCGACUGCGCGGAGACCAUGCAUUUGUUCGGCAGAGAUGUCUUCGUGCACAAGAACCAGCUGCAGGAAUCAGGAGCUUGGGUCGGCAUGGAAGUGUACUUCGAUGUGGAGCUCAACAAGUCAGGCCACCCCCAGGCGCGGAACGUCAUGCCUGUGAAUCCAGCGGAAGUCCAGCAGGACUACGGCUGGGGCUAUGACGUGUAUGGCUAUGAGGCGCAGCCAGCGCAGAUGACGAGACCGCCUCCAGUCAAGGAAGAUGUCAUCGAGUCUGAGCAGAGCAUCGAGGAGCUGAUCCGCAACUGCAACAGCACAUCUGGCAUGCAGGAGAUCAUCGAAAGGUUUGGACAGCAUUUCAGUAAAAGGCAUGUGGUCACUGCCCUGUACCAGCUGGGCCUUUGCAGGCAGCACGAGAAGAGCACUUCUCAAGCGCAGGACUCCAGUAGCCUGACGCGCGCUCUCAUCGAUCGCUUGCUGCAAGUGGACGCAGCUGAGCUCUCCGCAGAUGAGGCGUCUCGGGUGCAGUGGGCUUUGGCGGCGCUGGACGAGGUCAAAGGCCACCAGAAGGCGCACAACUAUGCCAUGUUGCUAGGCCAGCAGGCUAAGAAGAGGUAUGCCGAAUUUUCGCCCUCGCAGAUGGCAACUUUUGUGUCUGCUCUUUCAAGGUUGGUUUGGCAUGCGGAAGAUGACCAGUUGGUGGGUGAGAUUGUGACGCAAUUCUCCGAGUACUCCUCUGGGAAUGGCAGCUUCCAGCGAUUCCCGGUAGAGGAGCUCAAAGCCUGGAUGAACUUUUUGCAGGAGGCAUCGCAGUCGCAGCAGCCUUUGCAAAAUGCACAGGCUAAUAUGGGCAUGGGUAUGUCCAUGCAGAACAUGGGAAUGCGCAUGCAGGGUGGCAUGGGUCAAUCAAACAUGAACAACCCCAAUGCCGGAGGCAUGGGCAUGGGUUACGGCUACGGCGGCUGCGGAUGCAGCGGAUGCAGCGGAUGCGGCGGCUGCGGAUGCAGCGGAUGCGGCGGAUGCGGCAGCUGCGGCGGCUGCGGCUGCGGCUGCGGCUGUGGGGCAGGCUACCCGGGUGGCUGCGGCAGUGGAUAUGGCGGCUGCGGCGGCUAUGGAUGUGGAGGCUGUGGUGGAGGUGGCUGCGGCUGCGGUGGAUGCAUGGGCAUGUCCUCGCAGAUGAGGCCAUUCGGCAUGGGCAAGGAUGGCAAGGGCAUGGGCAAAGCUGGGCCAGGCAUGAUGGGCAUGGCUGGCAGAGGCGCAGACCCGAGCAAAGGCGCCAACAUGACAGCCGACAUGCCAGGUUUCAUGCGAAGUCCCAAAGGCAAGGGCAAGGGUUUUGACGAUGACGGGAAGGGAUUCUCUUACAAGGGCGACAAGGGCCCAGGAUCCAAAGGAAAGUCAUUCAUUACCAACAAGGGAAAGGGCAAAGGAAAAGAUGGCAAGGGAGAAGGAGGCAAAGGGCCAGACUACUCUCCGACUCUAGCGCCCAGCGUGCCGCUGGAGCCAGGUAAUGUCAAGUAGAUGAGUGAGUGCGAACACACUUCCUGGCCUCUCGCAGUGCUGAGAGUUGCCACCAGUCUCACCAAAACGGGCCCAGUGCGCAGGUAGCUGCGCGUUGGAAGUGAUCUGAGGAG